UUCCAACAGCAGUGCAUUAGUUUGUAAUGAUUGUCGUCUCCUUUGGCUUCUCAUGUCAAUUCAAACCCAGCCCCCCAUAUCUCUUUCUUGUCAGUCCAAACCUGGAAAACACUUCUCCUUCUUCCUCCCCCUUUCCCUCUCCCCUCCUCUCUUUCUCUCUCUAAAACCUCUUCCAAAUUCUUCCCAGGCACUCCCACCACCGCCCGCUUGCUACUGUAUAUAUUUUCAAGAAACAGAGCAUCAACAAUGGCGGCCAACAAGUUUGCAACCAUGUUACAGAAGAAUACGAACAAGAUCACAGUGGUUCUCACCUAUGCAGUCCUGGAAUGGACUCUUAUAUUCCUUCUCCUCCUCAAUUCCUUGCUGUCGUACAUGAUCACCAAGUUUGCAGACUACUUUGGCCUCAAACCGCCGUGUUUCUGGUGCUCUAACCUCGAUCCUCUGUUUAAAGCAGGGGAUAAUAGAAAACACAUAGAUCUUUUGUGCGAAUCCCAUUCCAGAGAGGUCUCCGAGCUGGGAUUUUGCGAGACCCAUCACAGACUGGCUGAAUCGAAGGGCAUGUGUGGGAAAUGCUUAGGUUUCGGGAUAUUUCCUUUGGUGAAUGAACUGAAGAUGAUCCAUGGCGGGGAUGAGACGUGUUCUUGUUGUGGUGUGAGCUUGGUGAAGGAGGGUGCCAAUUAUAUUGUGAUCAAAUCUUCCUGUAAUCCGUUGAUCAAGGAGGAAAGUAUAGAAAUUGAAGAAAAAUCAGGGUUUGAAGCUAUUAGGGUUGAGAAUGAAGUGAUUUUUGAUGAAAAGGAGGGUCUGGCUCUUGCAAAUGGGACUGUAGAGGUGAAUCCAGAAAGGGUAAUGGAAGAUCCCCCCAAACAUCUCGAGUUCUUCAUAGAUUCGAGCGGGCACGAUUUAGUUCCAGUUGACUUUACUGCAGAAGAAGAGGAACUGGAAGUCAAAGAUGGAACUGGAACUGAUGAUCUCAAAGAACAUAAAUUUGCAGUGUUCAAGUCUAUGGAGAUUGAAGAAGAUGAGAAUUCUUUGGUUUUUCAUGCUAAGGACUGCUUCUCAGAAAGAGAGGGCCAUGAAUCCACCCAAAACAAUAAAGUUCAAAUCUUGGACUCUCAAGAACCCCAAGUGAAACAAGUUUCUUAUACCUCUUCAGUUUCUGAAGAAAGCUCACAAAUGCAAGUGAAUGAAACAGAAGUUGAAGUCUCAAUCGGCACUGAAAUUCCCGAUUUGGACAUUGCAGAUGACCUCAAUUCUAACAAAGAAGGUCCUUCCACUAGCUGUGCAAAUGCUCCACACUUUCAUCACGACCACGGUUGUAAACAAGAUCAAGAAAAAGCAACAGAAUUUGCGAACGAAGGGUCACUGGAUGGGAGUGUGAUGAGUGAAAUGGACCUUUCUGAUCCAAUCUCAACAAUCGAGUGGUUAAGAUCAGCUUUGAAAUCCGGACAGAAGGCUCUCCAAGCUUUAUACACAGAGCUGGAAGAAGAGAGGAGUGCUUCUGCCAUAGCAGCUAGCCAAACAAUGGCUAUGAUCAACCGGCUUCAAGAAGAGAAGGCAACUGUCCAGAUGGAGGCUCUUCAGUAUCAAAGAAUGAUGGACGAGCAAGCGGAGUAUGACCAAGAAGCUUUACAGCUCUUAAAUGAGCUUAUGGUUAAGCGUGAUAAAGAAAGACAAGAGGUGGAGAAAGAAUUGGAGAUUUAUAAGAAAAAGGUGUUUGAAUAUGAGUCUAAAGAGAAGAUGGCAGCCAUUUUGAGGAGAAGCAAAGACUGUGGGAGUAGUGCUAGAAGCGCAUUUUCAUCCGUUUCUUGUAGUAAUAGUGAGGAAGGUGAUGGAAUAUCGCUUGAUCUUAAUAGUAAUAAUAAUCAAGAAGUCAAAGAGCAAGAGGGGGUUGACAACACACCUGUCGACGGAGUUCUAGAUUUGGACUUUGAGGAUGAGCGAGUGGCUAUUCUCGAACAACUAAAAGCACUAGAGGUAAAGAUGAUCAACAUGGACCAUGAAGAAGAAAGGGAAAUAGAAGGUUUGAAAGGAAUAGAAGGUUUGAAAGGAGAGACCAAUGGGGAUUAUUAUGCUAAAGAAGAAAUGGACGAAUCGAAAAUCUUGAGCUCAGUGGGGAAGAGUCUACUCCCACUCUUUGAUGCCGUUAGUGAUGAUAAUGGAGAUUAUGAUCCAAAUGUAGCGGAUAAUUAUGAUUUAAGCAACAAAAGGGCUGCCGUUGAAGAGGAAUUAGAUUGUUUGCAUGAGAGGCUUCAAGCAUUAGAGGCCGAUAGAGAAUUUUUAAAGAAUUGCUUAAACUCAUUGAAGAAAGGGGAUAAGGGGAUGGAUCUUCUUCAAGAAAUCCUUCAACACCUUCGUGAUCUAAGAAACAUUGAUCUUCGUCUGAGAAAUGGGUGCCUUGUUUGAAUAUAUAUAUGCUUCACAUCACCAUCUAUCCAAGAAGAUUAUAGUGACUAUAAUCUAUGGGAAGUCCAGUGGCAGUGGCAACAAGAUCAUUUCUUGUAUCACUCUGCAUAGCAAAGGACAUGAAGGUAGAAUGGGGGGAUCCUAGAUGUGAAAUGUCCUUUCA